GAUGAGGAUCGACAGCUCCGAGAUCGACGCUGUGGUUCUGACCGGGAACAUGACGUCACACACUUAAAACGUCCUGCAUUUGUCCGCGCUGAGGCGCCGUAGCUCCACUGUCUUCUGCUGUGUAUUCGACCCCGUCGGUUUCAGGCGGAACCCUUUUUAAGUCGCAGGGUUCCAUUCUAGAUAUAUAGAACCAUUAGCACGUUUGCCGUCCGGAACCGUCUAGCUAUCGACGAGGCACGCGACCCGGUUCGGGUUCGUUUCUUAUUUUGUUCGAAACCCCCGGUAAGACCCUGGUGGUCCAGCUGGAUUCGGUAGAGACACACUUUUUACUAUUGACGAACCGGGUUGUGAAACCGGACUGGUACCGGGAACACCCGGUGCCAGGUGACAUCUGCCAGCCCAGAUGAACUCCAAAGUUGUUUCCACAUUGAGCCGGCGGGACUUCAGAGUGUCGUCAGAGAAGCCGCGAGGGUCAGGAAUCCUGAAUGAGAAACUGCUGAGCGACUACCUGCACCACGUGUUCCCUUCCAGCAGUCAGGCAGCUGUGCCACCCACACUCAGAAAGCCGCUGAGUUUCCAGAAUGUGGAUUCUCAUCUGGAGCAACUCCUGUCAGAAGAUGAGACUGCUGAACAAGACCAAGACCAGCCAGAGGGGCGUUUGGGGCCACAGCCAGUGGUUCUGGAUCACACCAGCGGAUUUGAGGGAUUGUUGUUUGUGGAUGACGAUCUGCUCGGGGUGAUCGGUCACAGCAAUUUCAGCUCUAUCAGAGCUACAACCUGUGUCUACAAAGGGAAAUGGGCCUAUGAAGUUCUGAUCUCCUCUCAGGGUCUAAUGCAGAUCGGAUGGUGUACACUGAACUGCCACUUCAAUCAGGAGGAGGGCGUCGGAGAUACUCCAGACUCAUUUGCAUACGAUGGAAACAGAGUUCGCAAGUGGAACGUGACCACAACCAACUACGGGAAGUCGUGGGCUGCGGGGGACGUGGUCAGCUGUCUGAUUGACCUGGACGAGGCCACUAUCACCUUCUGCCUGAACGGACAGUCUCUGGGUACGGCCUUCACCAACAUCAAGACCGGGCCGGGCUUCGCCUAUUUUCCUGCCAUCAGUUUAUCUUUUAAAGAAUCUGUUGCCUUCAACUUCGGCAGCCGGCCUCUCAGAUAUCCUGUCGAUGGGUACCAUCCGCUCCAGAACCCUCCUUCUGCAGACCUGCUAAAAGCCCACAAACUGCUAGGUUUUAUCAAGAAUGUCAUCGGAACCAGUACAGACAUCCAGGAUGAAAGGCUCAUGGAGAGAGACUGCUCAGUCUGGAGACUUCACGGAGACCCCACUGUUUUGAUCACGCUAGCACACAUCUUCAACCACUUCGCUCCACUGAUGUGUAAAGUCUACCUGGUAGAGGACGUGCUGAUGAACUUCCUGCUGGGGAUCCUGGAAGGUGGCGGCUCGGUGGAUGAACACCCGCUGAUCCAGCAGCUGCUCGACGUCUUCUGGCUCCUCAUGGAGGACUAUGAGGUCAGUGAGUGUUUGAAGCAGUUGAUGAUGUCGCUGCUGAGAGCGUACCGCUUCUCUCCGAUCAUUCCCGACCUCGGAUUCCAGAUCCACUACCUGCGUCUGACCACUGCCAUCCUGCGUCACGAGAGGUCACGGAAGUUCUUGCUCUCCAACGUUCUAUUCGACGCACUUCACUUCGUUGUCUUCUUCUACAUCAAGACGCCUCUGAGAGUGAAAGAGGCCGGACUAGAGGAGCUCAUUACCACCACCUGGUGGCCAACGCACUUCGAUAAGGAGGGCAGAGACGAACGAGAGCAGAGGGAUGAGUGCGCAGAUGAGCGACUGCGUCGACGCGCGUACGAGCGGGGCUGUCAGAGACUCAAGAAGAGGAUUGAAGUGGUGGAGGAACUGCAGGUCCAAAUCCUGAGGCUGCUGCUCAACUGUAAGGACAAGAGCACUCAGGGGGAGGCAUCUCGCUACAUCUUCUUAAAUAAGUUCCGGAAGUUUCUUCAAGAUAAUGCAAGUCACAGAGGGCAUCCAACCGUGCUCUGUCCUCCUGAGUACAUGGUGUGUUUCCUCCAUCGGCUCAUCACAGCAGUUCGAAUGUGCUGGGACGAAGGUACCAGGAAGAUCCCAGGAAGCACCAGCAGUGAUGAUGCAUAUGUGGCUCCCCAGCUCUUCUACAAUGGGAAGGUGGACUACUUUGACCUACAGAGACUUGGCGGGCUGCUGUCCCACCUGAAGAAGACCCUCAAAGAUGACUUGGCGAGCAAAGCGAACAUCAUCAUCGACCCGGCAGAGAUCCAGAACACAUCCAUGGACGACCUGGAUGAAGACGAGGAGAGUGGCGCAACACAGAGACCAUUUGGGGCCGCCGCAGGAGGAGCCCUGGCGCGACCCAGUUGGUUGAGUUCUCCCACUCUGGGUCGAACCAACCGAUUCCUCAGCACUGCUGCGGUGAGUUUGAUGACCCCACGGCGACCUCUGACCCCACCCGAGCGAGUGAAGGUGCGGACACUUGCUGUGGAGCAGCGCACCGAAGAGGACAUUGAAGGUUGUCAUGGUAACAGUGAUGGACUGUUGCUGGGGCGACCAGUGGAUGGGGCGGAGCCUCGAGUGACCCAGAAGUCUCUGCUGGAGUUAAUAGAUGGGCUUGUGAUGAUGUACAACCUGAGUGUCCACCAGCAAUUGGGCAAGAUGGUCGUGGUCUCAGAUGAUGUCCAUGAGUACGCCAUUGCCCUGAAGGAUACGGAGGAAAAGAUCGCCCGCUGCCCGGCCAGACGCGCCGACAUCCUGGAGGAGCUGCAGAAGAGUCAGAAGGUUUUCUCAGAGAAGCUUAAUCACCUAAGUCGGAGGCUGGCCUGGAUCAACGCCACCAUCUACUCCAAGGAAAAGAUGCUGGACGUCUACUGGCUGCUGUGCGUCUGCAUCCGGACCAUCGAGCACGCUGACGCCACCGGCUCCUUGUUCGCCUUCACCCCAGAGUUCUACCUCAACGUGGCCAUGAAUGCCUACAGCGCCUUAAAGAACUACUUCAGCCCUGCCAACAGCAUGGAUGAGCUGCCAGGAUACGAAGAGACUCUGACGAAGCUAGCGGCCAUUCUGGCGAAACACUUUGCCGACCCGCGUAUUGUUGGCACAGACAUCAAAGACUCUCUGAUGCAAGCGCUGGCGAGCUAUGUGUGUUACCCACAAUCCCUGCGAGCCGUGGAGCGGAUCCCGGAAGAACAACGAGUGGCCAUGAUGAAAAACCUGCUGGCACCAUAUGAGCAGAGACCCUGGGCCCAGACCAACUGGAUCCUGGUCCGCCUGUGGCGGGGAUGUGGUUUUGGCUACCGGUACACACGUCUUCCUCACCUGCUGAAGACCAAACCAGAGGAUGCCAACCUGCCCAGCCUGCAGAAACCGUGUCCGUCCUUGCUGCUGCAGAGGCACAUGGCCGAGCUGCUGACAAUGGACAAGGACAUGGCUGCGUCUUUUCUCAACAGCGUCCUUAACCAGCUCAACUGGGCCUUUUCUGAGUUCAUUGGCAUGAUCCAGGAGAUCCAGCAGGCAGCCGAGCGUCCAGAGAGGAACUUUGUGGACACACGUCAGCUGAAGGUGUGUGCGACAUGCUUCGACCUGUCCGUCAGCCUGCUGCGGGUCUUGGAGAUGACUGUCACUCUGGUGCCGGAGAUCUUCCUGGACUGGUCCAGACCCUCGGCAGAGCUGCUCCUGCGGCGGCUGGCUCAGCUGCUGAAUCAAGUUCUGAACCGAGUGACGGCCGAGAAGAACCUGUUCGACCGCGUGGUCAACCUCCGGCUGCCAGGUCUGGAGAGUGUGGAUCACUAUCCAAUCCUGGUGGCCGUUACUGGAAUCCUUGUUCAGAUUCUAGUGGCUGGAGAGCGACAAGGCACCCAGCGGGCCGCAGCCGUCUUGCUGUCUGACCCGUGCUUCCAGCUGCACUCCAUCCAGCACCUGCUUGGGGAGGCAGCCGCCCCCUCUGUGCAGCUCACUUCAGUCUCCCGUCCCGUCAUUGGGGCCCUCAGCUCCUCUGUGAACCCCUCAUUGCCUGCUGCUGCCUCAGCAGGCGGAGCCGCCGGACUCACAGACAGGAAACACUUCUCACUGCACGCAUAUACUGACUACAUCAGCCAGGAGGAGAAGAAGAAGGUUGAGCUGAUGUUGGCAUUUCUCACCGAGGAGUCACAACAGGCCGCUGCCACCACAGCUCCCACCUGCGAGGACGACCUCUGCCCCAUCUGCUACGCUCACUCCAUCUCUGCCAUUUUCAAACCCUGCUCCCACAAGUCCUGCAAAGCAUGCAUCAACCAGCACCUGAUGAACAACAAAGAUUGUUUCUUCUGCAAAGCAACGAUCACUGGAGUGGAGGACUUUGUCAAGUCCUAACGCGCACACACACACACGCACACGCACAAUGUCGAUGUAUGUUGGUUUGCUUAAGAAUUGAAAUUAUCCUUUCACAGUAAUAAAUUAUUGA